GCCGGAAAAAGGGGUAGCGGAAGGAAACAUGUAUUUUGUUGCCUUCUGCCGCAUUCUGCCAGCGCAGCCAGGGUCGUCCCCUCCAGUGUGCCUCCAAGCGGCAGCUGGAUGCGAUGGCCUCUUCCACCAGCUCCGUCUCCGCCACUUCCACUGCCACUGGCUUCUGGCAAGUUGGGUCGCUCUGUAAUUCUGUUUUCUGUACUUUGUGUUUAAUCUGAAACAGAGAAGAUUAAGUACAGUACCAGGCUAACAAGACAAAUACAGCCUGUGAAUUCUGUCAACUGGCUGAUGACUGUCCUGAAAAAUAUGGGGAAAAGAGGACUUACGAGGACUACAAUCUCACUGUUCAUUAUUACUGUGUAUUAAUGUCAAGUGGGAUUUGUCAGAGAGGUGAAGAUGAAGAAGGCUUUUAUGGGUUUUUACCUGAGGAUAUCCAAAGAGAAAUUAAUAGAGCUGCAAGACUGAAAUGUACCAUCUGCAAGAAAAAAGGUGCUUCAGUUCGUUGUGUGGCUUCCAGAUGCAAACAAAGCUACCACUUUCCUUGUGGGGUAGAGAGAGGAUGCAUUUUCCAGUUCAGGGAAAACUUUCCGUCAUACUGUUGGAAACACCGACCAACGCAAAAACAUUCCUCUGACUCUAAAGGGUCGUCACAGUGUACCAUAUGUCUGGAGUUGGUUGAACAUGCACCAUCAUACAACAUUUUGGCAAGUCCAUGCUGUAAAAAUGCUUGGUUUCAUAGAGACUGUUUGCAGCGUCAAGCUCUAAGUGCAGGGGUGUUUUUCUUCAGAUGCCCAGUAUGCAACAAUAAAGAGACAUUUCAGAAUGAAAUGUUGAGACUGGGCAUACAUAUUCCAGAAAGAGAUGCCUCCUGGGAACUGGAAUUGGAUGCAUACCAGGACCUUCUUCAGUGUUACCAACAAUGUGACAUCAAAAUAUGCCUCUGCAAAAAUGGAAGAAGCUACAAUGAGCCUGAUAGCAAAUGGGAAAUAAAACGCUGUCAAUAUUGUGGAUCAAGUGGGACUCAUUUGGCAUGUUCCUCACUUACAAGUUCGGAGCAAACUUGGGAAUGUGUAGAAUGUAAAACUAUCCUGGCCAAAGCAACUGGGUAUGGUCAGAAAUGGCAAAAGCGUUCUUGGAGCAUGCCAGAAAAAAAAGAUAUUGGAGACAGCUUGCUGGGAGAGCCAUCACCCAAAUGUCCCAGGUAGCCUCCUGGAUCCCAUCUUGGCUUUCUUGCCAGGUCUCCAAAGAUAUGCCCCAAUGGCUUUACUCAGUGUUCACAACUGGAUCUUCCCUCUCCUAAUAAUAGACUGAUAUCUCCUUCCCCCUUGAUCAGUCCUUCAGUGAGGAAUCUGUCAAUAAGAAAAAAUAAGAAAAUGUUAAGUAGUACUUGGCCAAUGUUUGCAUUUUAUAAUGGAUUAUUGAGUUUGGGGGGUGGCCUUGUGCUAGUAGCCAGUGGAAAUCUUGCCUUUCCCCCUAUAUUCCAUUUCACACUGCAUUUGAACACUCACCCACUCCCAAAGCAGUUUGGUUAGCAAUGCUGGGGACUGCUGUGGGCAGGACACAAAGUAUGAAACAACUCUGGGUGAGAGCCAACAUCACAUCAGCAGACACAAUGGGACUUUCCCUUCCUCUCUCCACCCCCCCAUAGCAGCCUCCUGUGCAGUGCCAAAAUCAGGUGCGGAUGGUCUCCAGAGGAGAUUUUUUGUGCUGAAGGGAGGAGGAAAGAACAGGAAAGUUGCACUUGCACGAAGAUAAUUCCAUUCCACCAGCAGAACAUCACAACUGGCCAUCGUCUAUUAGGCUUGUGGAACUAUUUUUAUGAUUCUUUGUAUCCUGCCAAAUGCUUUAAGGCUAGAGAUUGGUAGCUGUUUGCAACAGGGCUUCACCUUCCUCUCCUCCCCUUGCAGCUCCCAUUCUCCCUCAAAAAUCUGUGCCAGGGGGGUGGGGGACCUCUAGACCCUAUUUUGUGGGUGUCUAGGGAGGAGGAGGAGAAGGAUAAGUUGUCCAGUUCAGAGCGGGAUUCACGAGGCUGAGAUGAGGGUGCAAUCAAUUCUUGUUUUAUUAGAGUAAUCGAUACAUCAAAGGCAGUGCACCUCAUAGGAAACCCUAUGCUAACUCACUACAAUUCCCUAACUACACUUUAGACAUGCUCUGCAACAUAUGGAAGGAGGUGAUUCAGCACCCAAUUCUGAACGUGGCAGACUUAAAUAGGGAAGGUCUUCGAGCGUAACCUUGCACUCCUGCACACACACGGCCUCUGCCCCGUCUGCUUCUCCAGGCGUGCACGCGGUGAAGGGGGGCAAACAUCCAAAGCCUCAUCAGACAGAACAGGUUCCUUAUCGGCAGGCUGGGGAGCAGCAGGCGGGAAAGCGUCGGGCGUCUCUAGGACCCUGCUUGUUGAAGGAAGAGUUCCUGCUUUCUCAGGGGCAUCCCUUAAUGGUCCCGAGGGUGUGCUUGGAGGCUGAGGGCUAUCCCCUCGAAGGGCAGGGCUAUCCGUGGGACCUGACGGGGCGGCAAGCUCGCUCUCCUGCUCAAGGUCGGGACUAGACUCAACAACAACUGGAGCGUCCAUGCUUUCUAACUGCUGUGGCACCUGAAACGCAUGCCUUUCCCCUCCCCGCUCCUCCUGAAAGGGCCUGGGCUCAACAGGAGGGUUCUCCAACUAUAAUCUGCCUACUGCAAAUACCUGCUGUUGGAAACUUGUGAGCAUGGGUGAACUAAUGUUCAACAUAUAAACAUACAUGUAAAUAGCCAAUUGCCAGGAAAAUUUAAUACAGUCACUUUUCACUUCAACAGAGGAAACUUCCCCCAACUGAGUGGAUUAGUAAAAAGAAAGUUUGAAGGCAAAGUUCAGAGACCCAAGUCACUCCAAAAUGUUUGAGAGUUGUUUAAAAGCACAAUAUUAGAAGCUCAACUGGGGUGUAUAUUGCAGAUAAGGAAAGGUACCACCAGGGCCAAGAGGAUGCCAGAGUCAAAGAAGCUAUUAGAGAAGGCUUCCUUCAAAAAAAUGGAAGUCUUGUCCGUAUUAGGAGAAUAAAAAGGAACACAAACUCUGGCAAAAGAAAUGCAAGAAGGCUAAGAGAUGCUUAAAAGGAGCAUAUUGCUAAAAACAUAAAAACCGAGAACAAAACAUUCUUUAAGUACAUUCAAAGCAGGAGACCAUCUAGGGGGGCAAUUGGGCCCCUGGAUGACAAGAGAGUCAAAGGUGAGCUAAAGCAGGAUAAGGAGAAUGCAGAGAAGCUGAAUGACUUUGCAUCAGUCUUCACAGCGGAGGAUAUAGGGCAGAUCCCUGUACCUGAACUAACUUAUGCAGAAUCAGAGUCUGAGGAACUGAGGCAAAUAGUGAGACAUGAAGUUCUGGGCUUAAUAGACAAAAUAAAAACUAACAAAUCGCCAGGUCUGGAUGGCACCCACCCAAGAGUUCUCAAAGAACUCAAAUGUGAGACUGCUGAUCUUCUAACAAAAAUACAUGACUUGUCCCUCAGAUUCGCUUCCAACACUGGGGCCUGGAAAGUGGCCAAUGUAACACCCGUCUUUAGAAAGGGAUCCAGGGGGAAUCCCAGAAACAACAGGCCAAUUAUCUUGACAUCUGGUAAAAAACAUUGUUAAAGAUAAAAUAACCAAUUAUAUAGAAGAGUGAUCCUGAGUGAAGCAGAACCGGCAUGGCUUCCUCAAGGGUAACUCCUGUUUCACUAUUAGAGUUCUUUGAGAGUGUCAACAAGCAUUCACAUAUGCGCUCAUGGGGUCUGAACUGGCGGUGACUGACCAGAAACGAGGCCUGGGGGAUGUAGUGAGUAGCUCCAUGAAGAUGUCGACUCAGUGUGUGGUAGCUGUGUAAAAGGCAAAUUCCAUGCUAGGAUCAUUAGGAAAGGUAUUAAAAAUAAAACUGUUGAUACCAUAAUGCUGUUACACAAAUCUAUGGCGUGGCCACAUGGAAUACUGUGUACAGUUCUGGUCGCCUCAUCUCAAAGAGGUUAUUGUCGAGUUGGAAAAGGUUCAGAAAAGGGCAACCAGAAUGAUCAGGGGAGUGGAGCAACUCCCCUAUGAGGAAAGGUUGCAGCAUUUGGGGGGGGGUUAGUUUGGAGGAAAGGCGAGUCAGAAGCAACAUGAGGGAAGUUUAAGAAAUUAUGCAUGGCAUGGAAAAAGUGGAUAGAGAAAAGUUUUUCUCCCUCCCUCAUAACAUUAGAACUCGUGAAGCUGAAUGUUGGAAGAUUCAGGACAGACAAAAGGAAGGACUUCUUCAGGCAGCACGUAGUGGAACUAUGGAAUUCAUUCCCACAAGAGGCAGUGACGACCACCAACGUGGAUGGCUUUAAGAGAGGAUGAGACAGAUUCAUGGAGGAGAAGGCUAUCAAUGCCUACUAGCCAUGAUGGCUACACUCUGCCUCCAUAGUUGGAGGCAGUAAGUGUCUCUGAAUACCAGUUGCUGGAUGAUGGAAGUGGGGCAAGAGCAACUCCUGUUUUGUUCUUUUGUUUGUGCUCCAGAAGGGAGAGAGAGCUAGGGUCCUCCAGAUGGAUAGGCUUGUUUACCUUUUACCUGUGAUGCUCUGACUGACUUCCUUCUGUCGCUAGACUGUGACGCCUUUAGGGAAGCUUACCUGCCCCUCCUCCUUCCGCCCUUUCCACUCCUUUCCUUCUCCGACUGUUAAGGAGAGAGGAGACAUCCCUUUGUAUCUGCUGUCUCUCUAGCAUGGGGCUAUCUCCUACACCUGGGCGUUAUGCCUCCAACUUAGCUAGUUAGUUAGAACUAGGUAUGCCUUUUCUAUCUACUAUGUAUUUCUAUAAAUAAAGUAGCUCUCCUUAUUUUA